AUGGUAGAAUAUAAGAAUAAUUUUUCAAGGUAAAACCCUUCUGAGAGCCUUGAGAAGAAAUAUACAGUCUUAUCUUUAGAUGGAGGUGGAGUGAGGGGUAUAAUGACAGUUGAAAUCUUAGCAGAAUUAGAAAAAAAAAUCAGAAAAGAUGGUCAUCCUGAUUUCAAAAUAACUGAUAAAGUUGAUUGUGUGAUUGGUACUUCUGCUGGUGGAUUACUUGCUCUUAUGUUAGCAGCAGGCUAUAGUGCGACUGAACUUUGCGAACCUAGUGCUAUUGAAAAUAAGGAGUCUUCUAAAAGUAACACAUAAAAACAAGUCUCCAUAAUGGAGGAGAUAAUUUUCGAUACCUUUUAAAAUCCAUCAGGCAUUAUUUAAAAUUUGGAAGAAGAAUCGAAAUACAAUCAAGAAGGUUUGAGAAAAUAAUUAAGGGAAAAAUUGAAUAAAAAGCUUAAGAAAGUCUCAGAUGAUGCAAAAAUGUCAGAUUUAAACAAAACUGGAAAGAAAUUGAGAGUCCUUAUCACAGCAGCUGAAUUUAAAGAUCGUGAUGGUGGCCCUCAUAUUACAGCUAAAAUUUUUGACUCUGAAAAUGAAUAUGAUUAGGAUUUUAAGCUAAUGGAUAUUGGAUGUGCUACUUCUGCAGCACCAACCUUCUUUAAUAUAGUAAAAAUAAGUUAAAAAUUGCCUGGUAAAAUAUUUUAGCAGUUAGAGCUUAUCGAUGGAGGAGUUUAUGCUAAUAAUCCUGCAGGUAUAGGAUUCGCUUAUGCUGCAAUGAAAGUUAAAUCAGAAAACGUCAGAGUUAUUUCAAUCGGCACUGGGUAUGAAGAUAUUAAUAUGGAAAGUAAGUAAGGGGUAGUAGACAAGCUUAAAGUUUAUUUAGAAACAAAGAUUGGUAAAAAAUUUAAAAUAUUGGACAAUAAUAUUGAAAACAAGCACAGCAUUUUAGAUUGGUAUAGUGGAGAGUUAUUAUUUAAUGUAAUCUUUGAUGUCUAAAAGUAUUAUGCUCUGCUACUUGAGACGUUCGCAAAAUAAAUGAAUGACAACUACGUCAGGAUUAACCCGCCCUUAAAAUAAAAAACUGAACUAGAUGAUGUUAAGUAAGAGGAAAAUCUCAAAGAAUGGGCAAUAGAAUAUCUAAAUUCAGAAAAUGGAAAAUCUAAUUUAGAAAAGGCAGCAAAAAUAUUAAUGGAAAUAGAAGAUUAUAAUGCAAAAGCACUGAAAUAGCUUAAGUAAACCGCGAAUCUCUUAGUAUAUGCUGAGUGCAUAGAUUAGUAGCCUUCAAAAGAAAUUAGAGAACAGAUAGCACUUUUCAGCAAAUUUAUUAAUUCAAAGUUCUCUGAUCCACAGAUCGAGAUUGAUGAAUCUAAGCUUGAUCAAACCCAAAUUAACAUUGAGUUGAAUUUGAUAUCAUUGAUCAAAUCAAAAAAUCUUGUGAGAAAGUAACCUGAAGAUACAAUUUCUUAAGAUUCAACAUCACAAGAUUAAUGA